AUGGCAGCCCUGCAGCCCCUGGCCCAGCUGCUGGAUGCCACUCUCGACCCUCGUCAAAACAAGGAAGCCGAACUCAAGAUCCGUGCCGAAGAAAAGAAGCCAGGGUUUGCACUGUCUCUCCUCCAAAUCACAGCCUCGGGCGAAUUCAAAUACAACACCCGACUUGCCAGUGCCCUGGCCUUCAAGAACUUCAUCAAACGCAACUGGACCGAUGUGGAGGGCAACUACAAACUCCCCCAGCAAGAUGUCAACGCGAUCAAGUCCGAGAUCGUGGGGCUUAUGAUAUCGGUGCCUCGAGGCAUUCAAACACAACUGGGUGAAGCCAUCAGUGUGAUAGCAGACAGUGACUUUUGGGAACGCUGGGACACGUUGGUUGAUGACUUGGUAUCUCGGUUGAAACCAGGCGAUCCCGUUGUCAAUACAGGGGUUCUCCAGGUCGCUCAUUCCAUCUUUGCCCGGUGGCGGCCGUUGUUCCGAUCCGAUGAACUUUUCACCGAGAUCAAUCAUGUCCUUACCAAGUUUGCACAACCUUUCCUCACGUUGUGGCAGAGUUUGGAUGCCUACAUCGAAAGCCAUAGCAAUGACAAGGCUGCGCUCCAAAGUGCAUACGCAGAACUCGACCUCAUUCUUCUGCUCUUCUAUGAUUUGUCAUGUCAGGACUUGUCACCCGUUUUUGAAGACAACUUGGCCGGAAUCUCUGGUCUGUUGUUGAAAUAUCUGGUGUACAGGAACCCUCUCUUGGAGACCGAUGAUGACACGGAAGCCGGACCGCUGGAAAACACAAAAGCAAACAUUUUCGAGGCCUUGUCCCUGUAUAUCGCCAAAUACUACGACGAUUUUUCAAAACAUGUCCCGAGUUUCGUGGAGAGUUCGUGGAAUCUUUUGACGACGACGGGCCCGGAACCGAAAAAUGACAUUCUCGUCAGCAAGGCUCUACACUUUCUCACACAGGUGGGAGGGAUUGCCGAGCAAGCACAAACCUUCAACGAUCCCAACAUCCAAACCCAGAUCAUCGAAAAGGUCAUUCUUCCCAAUGUGGCAUUGCGCGACCUGGACGUCGAAAUGUUUGAGGAUGAACCGAUCGAAUUCAUCCGUCGAGAUCUCGAAGGGUCCGACAGUGAGACUCGGCGGAGGGCAGCGGGGGACUUCUUACGGCAGUUGAGUGAUCAGUUCGAACAGUCCGUGACCGGAAUCGCCAUUACGGAUGUACAAAAAUGCGUGCAAGAAUUUGCAAGCAAUCCGCAAGAAAACUGGAGGGCCAAAGAUACCGCGGUGAGCUUGUUCCACGCCAUUGCCGCCAAAGGAGCGACAACAUCCACCCACGGAGUGACCAAAACGAACCCCUUGGUCGAUAUUGGCGACUUCUUCUCGAAAAACCUGGCAAGUGACCUGCAGGACCCAAAUGCCCAGCCUCUGAUCAAAGUGGAUGCCAUCAAAUAUCUCUAUGUGUUCCGAAGUAUUAUCACGAAAGACCAGUGGCAGCAAGUCAUGCCAUUACUGGUGAAUCUCCUGGGCGACGCCAACUUUUGUGUCUACACCUAUGCCGCUGUUGCCGUGGAGAGAGUGCUGGCCAUGACUGACGAGACUGGGAAGCCCGUCAUCGACCCAGCCCACAUCAAACCGCUGGCGAGCAGUCUGCUUGAACACUUAUUCAGUCUAGUGGAGAGAGACCAAGCGCCGGAAAAAGUGCAAGAAAACGAGUUCGUCAUGCGUUGCAUCAUGAGAGUCUUGAUCGUACUCAAAGACGGCAUCUCUGCCGUGGCAGAGAGUGUGCUGCAACAUUUGACCACCACCACAACCAUCAUAUCUGCCAACCCGAGCAAUCCGAAAUUCUACUACUAUCAUUUCGAAAGUUUAGGAGCGUUGAUCAGGUUCACUCCUGCAGGACAAUCAGAAGCCUUGGGUGCCCACCUAUUCAAUCCGUUCGCGGCGAUCCUUGCAAACAACGUGGAGGAAUUUGUGCCCUAUGUCUUCCAACUGAUGGCAGCUCUCCUCGAGGCCGAGCCCACGAAACCAAUGCCGGCACAAUACAGACCACUCAUUGCGCCCAUCCUUGGCCCUACGCUGUGGGAACAGCGCGGUAAUAUCCCCGCCCUGGUGCGAUUGUUAUCUGCCAUCAUUCCACGAGCUGCCGACGAACUGAUUGCGGCCAACCAAGUCGAAGCCGUGCUUGGCAUCUUCCAAAAACUGGUGUCGACCAAGGUCUUCGAAAGCUACGGCUUUGAUCUGCUAGAGACGGUGAUUGCGACCCUGCCGCCUGCUGCUCUGGAGCAAUACUGGGUGCAUCUCCUCACCAUCAUGCUCACGCGUCUGCAAGGCAAGCAGUCGCAAGCCUUCCAGAUCCGGUUCGUCCGAUUUUAUCACUUCGUCUCAUCGCGCGACGACAAGGGCCUGGGGGCGGAUUUCUUCGUGGCCGCCACGGAUCGGGUCCAGCAUGAUGUUUUCCGUCAGCUCUAUAUCGGCAUUAUUCUUCCAAAGACACAAGAACUGGCUCGCCCUCUCGACAGGAAGAUUGCCGCUAUCUCAUUGACCAAGACGCUUGCUGAUUCUCAGGCUUUUGUCGAUCGAUAUCCGAAAGGAUGGGCUCUGACGUGUAACGCAUUGCUCAAGUUGUUGGAAGACCCUCCUUUGCCGCCAAAGGCCGAGGACGUUAUUGCCGAACUCGACGUGGAAGAUAGUAGCUUCGGCGUGGGGUUUACUCAGCUCAACACCGUUCGACGGCCGGUCACCGAUCCGUUUGCCGAGGUGACGGAUCUGAGGAAGUGGGUGGGCCACUACCUCAAGGCAGCUGAUCAGAGACACGGAGGCCGGAUAGGCAAGGUGGUCGACGAGAGUCUAGGUCCAGAUUCAAAAAAGGUCCUGAGCGCUUACAUGACUUUGUGA